AUGCCGCACCGCCAACAGAAACCCUCCACCCAAAAACAAAAAAACAUUCCCUUCUCCAACUUUCUACCCCUCAUCGCCGUCAUCCGCGCCGACCUCGGUGCAGACUGGGCUUUUUACGAAGAAUUCCUGGAAAGCGUGGUGGACGCUGCUGGCCGCGGCGAGGACAGUUCGGCGUGGUACGAGCAGAUGGAGGCUCUUGUGGGUGAUCAAGUGAGCUUGCGGUUUUCACACGAGGGUGUUUGUGUUUUGCUCCGUGGGCUGGAGGGGAGGGCGCGGGAAGUGUUGGAUUCUGCGGAUAGAUCGCUUCGGCAUGGAGCGCCUGCUGGGAGUAUGGUGGGUGAGGAUAACGCCCGGUGUAUAACCUCGCGUUCCCGGGACGUUGGUGUAGGUUUGAUGCUGCCGCCCUCAUCUGUACAGAAGGCUCGCAAGGCUUCGAGACACUCCCCCACCGUCUCCUCCACCGUCUCCCCCAAUGUCUCCUCGACCCUCCCCCCCACUCCCUCCUCGACCCUCUCCUCUUCCUCCCCCCACCCCACCCCCUCCUCCAAAAACGACUUCACCCCCCCCUUCUUCACAGACCCAACCUUCCAUUCCGAAAUCAACAAAUACUUCCGCCCCCUUGAAACUGCAUACAGCACCCCCGACCAGGCCAAACAUGGCGUCGCAGAAACAGGCGAUGGCUAUGAGGAACCCGCGUACUUUGCAGAGGACGACGACCUUGCGGUGUGGAGGAAGCAUGUCGAGGAUGGUAAUUGGCUUCUCUAG